CCCUCCGAGGCCCUGCAGCGGUCAUCAUUUCGCUGUCAACUCGUUUUCGGUUUGGUCGUGCAUUUGUGCGGUGCAGCCACGUCGUCGCAGUGCGCGUCUCGAAAACAUAAACACUAUUUUGUCGACAAUAUCGUUUUCAUUACACGCGCCGCCGCCAUCGGCCGUCCGGACGUUUCUUCGUGGCGUACAAACACGGCUGGCCGGUAGGUUCGGCGGAACGGCAAAGUGCGCGGCACGUCCGAGCAAUAAUAUUGUGAUAUAUCCAUCACUGCGUUUCAAGCCGUAACGCAGCCAUCGUCGUACCGUCGACGACCACUGAACGCGCGCGGUUUUUUUUCUUCUCCGAAACAACGGCAUCGGGCCGGCAGCAGCGUCGCCGUCACACACAACACACACCAGUGGUCAAAACGAAAAUCAUAUCAAAGGCUCUCCGUGAAUAAGUAUGCCACCACUGUGUUAAGGCGAUUCGAAACUGACCGUUUUUAAGGAGUUUAUACAGUCUAUGUGUUUGCGCGCGGCUCGUGUGUACGCGUUCGUAUUAUAAUACAAUGAUUAUUUUACUAGUGUUAUUGUCUAUGCUACACACCGGAUUGGCGGAAAUUACCGGAUACGAUGAAACGGAAAAAAACUUACUCACAAAAUUAGGUUUAAAUCGAAGACCUGCAACAGAAACAAACGUAAAGAUACCACCUGCCACUAUGGAGCUGUAUAAAUCGAUGUUAGAACAAAAUAUGACAACACAUUUUUCUCUUCCUGGUUUGCAUACAACGUCUGCUAAUACUGUUAGAGCUUACGCCAACAAAGGAUCAACUCCAAUUAAUGCUAAGUCUAAAAAAUAUAGGCUACAGUUCGAUAUAGAUUCUCUACCAGAAGGAGACCAGGUUAAAGCUGCUGAAAUUCGUUUUACAAUGAAAUACGAUCAAGUACUACGCAAUGAAGAAUCUAUUCAUGUGAUUAUACAUGAUAUAAUCAAACCUGGCACAAAGGGUCUAUCAAAACCUGUUCUCAGAGUUAUCGAAUCGAAAUCAAUUAAUAUGUCAACAAUUUCAAAGACCGAAAGUUUUGACGUAACACCUUUUAUAGAAAGACUGACGAAGAACAAUUUCAAAGACAACCAUGGUAUGUUAGUACAAUGUGUCACAGAGUCUGGUAGUCACACACAUUUGCUCAGCGUAUUUGAUUUUGUAUCACCUGAAAAUACAUUGCUAUUGGUUUAUACCGACGACGGGACAAUUAGCGACAGUAGCACGAUGGAACGGAUGUUGCAGCGGAGCAAACGGUCGGCAGACCAAGUAGCGGGGCCGCAGAAGAAAGCGAAAAAGAAGAAGAUCUGCCAACGGUAUUCGAUGUACGUGGAUUUUAAAGAAAUCGGGUUCAGCGAUUGGAUCCAAGCUCCGCCGGGAUAUGACGCGUUCUACUGUCACGGGGAGUGUACGUUCCCGUUGGCUAAUCACAUCAACGCGUCCAACCACGCGGUUAUGCAGACGCUGAUAAACUCGUAUAAUCCGGCUACAGUUUCCCGGGCGUGUUGCGUGCCGACCAAGUUGAGUACACUGACGUUGCUCUAUACGGAUGACGAUGGAAAGAUCGUGUUGAAAAACUACCCGGACAUGACCGUCGAGGAGUGCGGAUGUAGAUAAUAGCGGCAGUUAUUACACGAUUGCUAUACUUUUCGAUACGACGUCAGAACGCGCCUGCGACAUAAUAUUAUUAUAUAUACAGUAAAAACUCUUUAAAACGAAACUCGUUACGACGAAAAACUCUAUAUCACAUAAAAUAUAUUACAUUAUAAUAGUUGGUUUGAUCUAUGGUCUAUUAUAUAAUUCUGAUACCCUCUCUAUUACGAAAUAUCUCCACAUAUAACGUAAGAAACCUCUCAGUCCCUUCAAAUUCGUUAUACAGAGUUUUCACUGUAACUGUAUUAUAAUAAUACCUUAGUAUAUAUACAUGUAUUUACAAGACGAAUCACUAAGCAUACUCUCCCUCUUUUUCAUCUUCGAUAAUGCAAUCAUUCAAAAUCUGAUUAUUGGAAUUUUCUAGUUAUAAUUAAAUAUUUAAAAUUACCAUAUUUUCUAAUUUUUGUGAUUUAUGUGUGGUUUAUGUGGAGUGUCCUGUGGAUAUACAAACUCCUACAUAAUUUGUAAAAAUGGUUUGAGUAUAAUAAAUAUUAUAUGAAAUAAAUUUUCAUCUAUUUUAUAUAUCCGAAAACCAUUUCUAAUAUUGUUAUUAUAAACAUUUUAUUAACUAAGAAACUACUCGUUCAAAUCUUGAAAUAGAUUGUUAAAAUAUAUAAUAAACAUUAUUAACUUAAUAAAUUACAGGACAAAAUUGUGUGUUCUGAUUUGAAAAACAUAAUUUUGUUUCGCCAUAGAACACUCCUUAGAAAUUUGAAAAUAAUUUAUUAUUUAAAUUAAAGUAUUAAUAAAUUCAAAAAAUUAGAAAUUUAAUGAAUUAUUUAAUUCAAAAUUGGGGAGAGCAUGCGAGGCGAAGUACAAUAAAAAAAAAAUCAUUAUCUCAAUUUUAAGCCGGAUAUGGUAGAUAUAACCACAUAUUAAUAUGACAUAUAAUAUAAUAUAUCUGAUAUAUAUUUUAUAUGUGCGUAUGGGUAUUUCCACUUAGCCAAAAGUUUUUAGCCUGAAAGUUUAAAAUACAACAAAUUUUUUACUGUUUUAGCUGUACCUACAUUGUUGAUAUAAAUAAAUAUGUAUAAUGCAGUAUAAACAUCAGUAUCAAAUAUUUUUUUUUCAGUAACAUGUUAAUAUUUGUACAAAAAGAAUACUUGUAAAUACGUACAAAUCGAUAUAAUUGUAAAAAAUAAAUUAUAAGUCUAGUCCAAAGCAAAUACAAAUCGGUUUUAAUGUAAAAUAACUAUGAUGAUUGUGUCUUGGACAUGUUUUGUAUGUUGAACAUAUACGACAACCUUAUAUUAAUUAUUGUUACUAUGAUUUCUAUUCCUAUUAUACAUUUAAGUAAUUUGUUAAUAUUUU